AUGCAGGAUCAAAAGCUCGAAUCAACUAAGGGUGAAAUGGGAGAGGUUAGAGAAGAAAACGAGAGGUUGAAGUUCUUAUUGGCACGGCUUGUAAAUGAUUACCAAUCACUACAAACGAACUUCUUUGACAUCCUUCAACAAGAUCAUAAACCAGGAGAGGCUACAAAUGCUACAAAUAUAGCAACUAUCCAUGAAGAAAGUGAACUUGUCUCACUUUCUCUUGGUUUAUCAUCCAAAGACCAGCCUACCAUGGAUGAGAAAAAGGGAAACAAUAGAACUGAAAAUAGAGAAGAUGAUCAAGAGGAUAUGGAUAAAGGACUUGCACUUGGGUUAGAUAUCAGAUUUAACCCUGUGGUUCAUACUGAAGCUGCAACGAUUCCCAGCUCUGAAAGUAGCUUUGAUGAGGAAGGGAAGGAAGAAGAACCAACUGAGAUAUGGCCACCCAGUAAAGUUCUUAAGACAACAAAAACUGGAGAUAAAAGUGAAGCUUCUCAACAUACUCAGCUCAAGAAGACUAGGGUUUCUAUUAGAGCCAGAUGUGAUUCUCAAACGAUGAAUGAUGGGUGCCAGUGGAGAAAAUAUGGACAAAAAAUAGCAAAAGGAAAUCCAUGCCCCCGAGCCUACUAUCGAUGCACUGUUUCUCCAUCUUGUCCUGUGAGAAAACAGGUGCAAAGAUUUGCUGAGGAUAUGUCUAUAUUGAUAACCACCUAUGAAGGAACCCACAAUCACCCACUUCCUAUUUCAGCCACUGCUAUGGCAUCCACAACUUCUGCUGCUGCUUCCAUGCUUCAAUCUCCCUCAUUGAUUUCACAACAAGGACUAGUGAAUUCAGAUAUAGCCCCCAUUAUCAAUUCUAGUAGUGGUGCUUAUAACCCUAAUGCUAUAAACUUCUCAUCUUACCAAAUUUCAAGGCCACAUCAAUUCUACUUCCCCAAUUCUUCUAUUUCAACCUUGAAUUCUCACCCCACAAUCACUCUGGACCUUACUGCACCACCAACUUCCUCUCAUUCUGGAAAUCUUACAUCAGCCUUCUCUCAUAACAUACCAAAACAUUCAUCAACAAACCUUAAUUUUUCCUCAAGUUUCUCUCCUCUACAAUCUAGCAUGGCACAGUCACCUUGGAGCAGUACUUAUAGUGGUUAUUUAUUCAACUCUGGAACACUAACCCAAAAUAGAAACCAAGUUGGUUACAUGUUAAACACUGGAAAGCAACCAUUUCAAGGGCAUCUCCAUCAACCUAUUUACAUGAGCAACAAUGCCAUUUCUCAACAACAGUCUUCACCGGAUUCAAUUGUUGCUGCAACCAAGGCGAUAGCAACCAACCCAAAAUUUCAAUCAGCAUUAGCCACUGCUCUCACAGCAUAUGUUGGCAAUGGAGCUGGUGGUGAUAGGUUAAGAGAAAAUCAUCAUGUUCCUGAGGGUUCAUCACUGAACUUGAAGCUAAGUGAUGGAGAUGUGUCCUACGCUUCUAACCAAAAUAACAUAGGAUAUGCAUCAUCAAGGUACUUGAAUAUGUCUUCCUCUUCUCUUAACGCUCAAGAAGGAAACUCCAUCAUUUUUCCACAACCACCACUGUCUAAAAGUUCCUCCGGUUCGUCUUCUAGUAGAAACAACCAACUCUUGGAGCAAUGGAAGUGA